AUGACUUCCUCCUCCAAAGUCGUCCGCUCCCUCUCCGCCGACGAAUCCGCCACCGCCCUUCCCCGCCGCAACCCCGCCAUCCCCGCCCCGCGCCACGCCGAGCACAAGUCCAAAACCGGUCUCUUCAAACGCAUCCGUCGCGUCUUCCGCAUCCCAGCCCAGUCCACCCGCCUGGACAAGCACCCCACACACCCUCCGCACCACCCCCUCUAUCCCAACGACAUUCCCCCUCAACACCCGCACCUCGCCCCCGACAAGCACCCACCCCACACGCGCAAGCACUCGCCCGCCCCGCGCGCCCGCACCUGGCGCGAUGGCAUCUCCUCGCGCGCCCUCAACCUCUCGUCCUCCCACUCGCACCCCCACCCGCACCCGCCGCCGCAGCGCCAGGGCCCGGAGCUCGGCGCGUCCAAGAGCGACUCGCGCCGCUUCAUGAGCCUGCGCGCGAGCGCCACGGACGCCUCGAAAAAAGUCUCGGCCACGUUUUCGAACGCCGAGUCUGCCUCCGUCUCCUCGCACCACUCCGCCCAGCCCAGGGCCGGCUCGCACCGCUCGCUCCCCAAGAGGGUCUUCUCCUCUCCGCCCAGCUUCUCGGGCAGGGGCUUUGGCGGCUUUGCGUCGCGCAAACGCAUGAGCACUUCCGGAAAGCCGGGCGGUAUUCGCGGCUCUUCGCAUGCGGGCGAUGUCGGUGAGGGCGAUCAGGGCCGCGAAGGUAAGCUCGCAAAGUCCAUUAAUGCGCGCCACGCCCCGCAUGUGGGACCUGGAAGCGCUGUCGCCCCCACGCAUAGUGCCGCCAAUUUUGCUGUCAUCAUUGAGGGUGCGACCGCGGGCAGGGUUGCGUUUAGGACCCUUUUGGACGAGAUGUACCGCUUGGAGGAGAGGUUGCCUCCGACCGUCAAGGACUUGCUCAUGAAAUAUUUGACGAGGCAGCAGAAUAUGGAAGCUCUCAUCGAUAAUCUCACCGUCGUGCUGCCGCCCUCACCGGAGGAUGACGGCAUGCAAAUGUCCGUUGCGGCUCGCGAGCGGUACAGAUACUCGUACGUCGCUACUAUGUUGCUUAGUAACGGCCCGAUUCAGUUGCGGCGCUCUCUCUUCCUUGAUCCCAAGCAUCUCGAUCGCCUCGUGCGCGUAUUGGGUCACGGCGUUCCGAACGAUCCCAUCCUAGUACGUUCUGUGUGCAAGGUCCUGCUUAACCUUUUGAAAGAUUCUCCAGAAGACACCGUUGGUGCCAUGGCCCGUCGAAAGGACUUUAUCGAAGCUCUCUUGUCACACAUCGCGGUCACAGGCUGUCCGGAAGUGUGUCUGUCCAUGCUCAGCACCGUGAGAUGCCAGGCCGAGCUCAAGUUUGGGCCCUCGAAUAAGAAAGUUGUCGGUAUGAUGGCCGAUUCCAGGCUAGUAAUGACUCUUUGUGACAAGCUUGCAGAUGCGGCGGAGAGUGGGCCUUUAGAUGGAACCUCGUCGUCGACGAUCGAGAAUUGCUCAAGGGUUAUCGUCGGCAUUGCGUUGAGGGCUUUGGUCAUUCCAAGGUUUGAAAUCAACGAUGACGACUCUGACGCGAGCUAUAUGAGGAAGUUUAACAACGAUCUCUCUUCUCUUGACGUCUUCAGUCAGCCCACGCCGAUCCUGAGAUUACUAGACUCGGGAUUGACGGCACUUGCGGCGCAUGACUCGCGGGGAUACGCUCUAUCUACUGCAUUGACGGCAGCGCGCUAUCUACUGGUCACUGCAUUGAAGGGGCAAGACUCGAGCUUGAGCACAAUCCGAUUGCAGUUGCUUGCUGUGAAUACCUCUAUGUAUGAGGCCGGGAUUCGGGCCCGUAUUCCGAGACUUGCCAAAGUUUUGGAACACGCGAGGGCAGGGGCCGUCGUGCAGACGAUGUGGGAGAAGGUGGAGAAUCCUCUUGGAGUUGUGCGCUUAAAGAUUUUGGAGCUUAUUGUCGUCCUCCUGCAACACUGCAGUGAAGCCACGGCGAGAGCGAUCGCGAAAGCUGAAAUUCCGCGCAUUCUCCUAGACCUGUUUGUAAGACUAAGGCUAAACAGCCUAUUGCAACACUUUGUAGCUGCGAUUGUUGAACUUUCAUUCGCGAGCAAAUUCAGUUGUUUGAGAAGGGCCUUUUUGGUCGACGUUCAAAUAGUAGACAAAUGCAUGGACCUUUGGAAUGGGGGGGGAGACGGUAGGAGACAACCAAUUGGAGGUCCGGCGAACUAUAGAGGGGAAUUACUGCGCAUCAUUUGUGCGGUUCAUGACAUUCUCAAACAUGAUACGGAAGAAGUCCAGGAAAUGAAGAGGGACAUUGGUCUGGACAAGAUCGAAGCAUUCAAACAGUUCUGUGAAGGACCGGUGGCGGACAAACUCAAACAGAAUGGACCACUCCUUGGUGGCCCGGGCGAGCUACCACCAAGACCAAUGGAUAGUUUUUCCUUUGACGGGUACAGCAGCAUGGGGGGCAGUCAGGGUUCCCUGCUUGUAAGAUCGCGAGGGUCUGGAAGAAGUGAAACCACUUGAAGAGAACACCCGACCUGAAUCAUGCCUAUGGUUUUCUCGAAUGGAACACCAUAGUUAUCUAUGUACUUUCCAACUGGAAUGCGCAAUGACAGGGCGCAUCAACAGCUUUAAGAACAUGCCGUACUCAACUUACUUAUCUGCACACAGUACCGGAGAGAUUUUGGUUAACGAGAUUCCUGACCAUUUUCACAAACUGCCUUGGGCUUCGUGCAAGCACAAGAGCGACUGUAUACAUCCAAUAAAUGGCAAAUCCUGAACUCUGCGUAUCGGCAAACUUCGCUACAACACCCGAUGGAGCUCUUCCCCAUGCAUGCGGUUGGAUGCGCCAAUCAACCAGGGUAAUAGCCCUACAAUUGUCUAAA